AUGAAGUUCAUGUUGACUGCUUUGAAGAUCUUCUAUGUGCUUGAUCCAAAUCUUCAACCAAUUCCUGAUCCAACCGACGAUGACACUAAUGAAAUCAAGGCUGAACAAAAGAAAAGAAAUGAAGAUGAAGUCAUGUGUAGAGGACACAUUCUCAAUGCUCUUUCGGACCGGCUUUAUGAUCUUUAUACGGUGGAACCAUCUGCAAAAGCAAUUUGGAAUGCUUUGGAAUUUAAAUAUCAUGCCGAGGAAGAAGGUACAAAGAAAUUUUUAAUUUCUAAAUAUUUUGAUUACAAGUUUGUGGAUGGCAAGCCAAUCUUGGCACAAGUGCAUGAGUUGCAGGUCAUUGUUAAUCAAUUGAAGGCUGAAAAAAUCGAACUUCCUGAACCUUUUCAAGUAGGGGCUGUAAUAGCCAAGUUGCCUUCAUCUUGGAAAGGGUAUAGGAAGAAGAUUUUGUAUGACUCCAAGGAUAUCACUUUGGAGGAAAUUCAAAAACAUCUUCGAAUCGAGGAGGAAUCGAGGAUGAGAGACAAGAGUGAGAACUCUUUAUGCAAUAUAAAAGCAAAUGUUGUGAAUCAGCCUAAGAAUUCCAACAAAAGCAAACAAAACAAGGUGAAUCAUUUUGGCCCCCAAAAGGGAUCAAAGAAAAUUUAA